AUGCUUGCGCUUUGGCGUGAGAAAUAUAAGUACAGUGGAUUAACUACUGACAAUAUCAAGGAAUGGCAAGAAUGUAUUCAAAAGGAGGUUUCUGACAGCGAAGAAAAGAAGCUUGAAAUUUGUUACUUGUUGAAGAUAUAUGCCGAGAAGUAUCCUACUCCAGAGAACUACUGUCGGUUUUUCGACCAUGCUGGAUAUAAUGAUCGUGAAUUCUUGCUGAAAGCGUUGGCAGAUUGUGGUGUCAACUAUGUGAGUAGCCACAAACUCUGGGACAAGAUCGAGCAGAAUAGUGAGAUUGGACCAGAAUUGUUUGCGGAACGCUUGUUGGUACCUCAUAGAGAGAUUCAGGCUACAUAUGAGAAGUAUUCAUCAUGGGUAUCCAGCCAUACACCUGAAAUAUAUACACAAAGUAUGAGGGAAGCUAGCAAAAUGGUGAGAGAGACAGAAAAGAUGAUGAGGUAUAUUGAGAAGUUGGAGAGUCAAGUGACUGAGACGCCGGAAGAUCCACAGGUUUGGAUAACAUAUAUGAAAAAGCUAGGUAAGUUUGCAUCGAAAGUCUACAACCAGAAGGAGCCGUUGAUCAAUUAUAACACAAUCAGACAGGUUUUUCUUCGAUCUCUUUUCAACGGACAAGAUAGAAUUUCUGACGUCAAUUGGAUUCCAGUAUGGAUAGCCUACAUCCGUAUUUUAGAAGGAAGUGAAGAGAUUUUUUAUCUGGGCUACUACUUGCAAACGAUCAAUGAGUUUUGUCGAAGUUUUUCAUAUUUGGCAGAAGCAUACAUUCCACUAUUACGUAAUGUUUGCAUCGAAGAAGAGGUUUGGUCGCUUCUGAAAUUGGUUCUUGCUCGUAUCAACACCAAUGGAUGGGCUGAGUCUGCGGAAGAAUUGAUUGGAGCAUCUGUUCGUGCAGAUUUGGGUCCUAUGAAGUGUGCAAAAUUACUCAAACCAUUCGGAGAAAUAGCUGCCACUACGAGCCUUCAUAAAGACCAUAAAUUAUUUCGAUUAAUCAUCUCUUGGUUAGAACGUACAAUGGAUGUUGAUGCUAUUUCUCUAGCUAAAAGUCUAGUGAUUGAGUUUUUUGAGAAUUUUGCUUCAGAAACCGACGCUUGGAUCUUCUGUUUCCAGUUUUUCACUCGUCAUCUGGAAAAACAUGCCAAGAAACUUCUCACUCUAUGGGAACUGGAUGCCUUAGAGGUAGACAAGCCGGAAAAGCUUUUGAAUGAGAUACUUCUGUAUGCUCGAAUGAAUAGCCCAGCAUACGCAUACAUCAAUACCAUGAACAUGGUCGAUUUAGUUCGAGAACAAUUGGACAGUGGCGUGGUUCAGGAAACUGCGCCGGAAACAACUGUCGAAGAACCGGUCGAGAAGAAGACAAAGUCUACUCCACAUAAUGAGGAACUACUGGGCAGAAACAGAGAGCAAUUCCGCUUAGUUUUGUCUCCAGUGACUACUGACAUCACAGAAGAGGAUAUCAGAGCGUUUUUUGACGGAUACGGCAAGCCCAUAUCUGUUCAAAUUGCCGACAACUGUGCAAUCGUAGAAUUGAACUCGGAACAAGAGGUGAUGACAUGCUUGACUCGUGACAUUAAGCCACUAAAAGGUGAACCCGUCAAAAUCUCGAGAUUAUUUGCCAACACUUUGUGGAUCACUAACUAUCCACCACAUUUCUCGCUACGAAAUGUUACCGACAUGAUUAAUUCUUUCGGAAAGACAGCCAUAGAUGUGAGACUACCACUGCAGAACGACUUGAAGCAACGCAGAUUCUGCUAUGCAGAUUUUUCUGACCCCGAAACCGCUCAGCAUGUCCGAAACAGAUUAAAUGGUCUUGAGGUGGAGAAUUAUACCGUCCAAGCUGAAAUAUCCAACCCUACAUUGCGUAAGGAGCGCAAGACUCCACCUAUUGCUCGACAAGUAUAUGCUCACAACUUGAAUUUCAAACAGACAACAGAACAGACAUUAAGGGAGCUAUUCCUGAAAUUUGGCGAUGUGGAAAGCAUUAAGUUGCCAUUGAAUGAGACCAACAAGAAUAGAGGAAACACGAACAACGGAUUUGCAUUUGUAACUUUCACCACUGAAGCUGCAGCCAAGGAAGCACUCAAGUUGGGAGGAGCACAGUUAGAUGGACGGAGAAUUGAAAUAUCAGCCGUAAAAACAAAGCAAGUUCUUCACAAUAUCAACGCUUCACAUUUCAAGGCGGAUAAUACAGUGAGUAUUCAAAAUAUCAGCGAGUUAGUUACUUCGGAACAGUUGAAGGUGUUUUUGGGAGAGAAGGUUGGGCCAGUGAGCAAGCUACUUUUGCAACCAAGCACCAGAUCUGCAUUGGUGGAGUUUGAGGCAUUCAAGGAUGCCGGCAAGGUUGGACUUUUGCUAGAAGGUGUGGACUAUCAAGACCAUAUAUUGCAUGUGGGGCUGAAGGACGAUUUCGUCAAGAGUGGGACCAAACCUAAAACACCAAGUAUGGUUCCUCCAAUGUUAAUGAGAAGAAGAAGAAAGUAA